UGAGGAGUUUCCUGUUGAAUUUCCCUGAUUCAGUGGGACAGGAACUCCCAAUUCUGCUCUACGGCCGCGACAACAUUGGCCAGUGAAGAUUUCUCCGACUAAAAACAGGGUUACAGUCGUUUUUCUACCUGCGCUGCAUUGCAGAGCUAUACGGAUUGUGAAUAGUCGUUUUAAAUGGAUUUUUAAGUCGGUAAAGCAUACCAAAUUCCCAGGAAAAGAAGUCCGGGUGAGUAACUCGUCAGCGCCAUGGCGUCCACGGUGACGCUGGAAGAUGCUUUAUCCAAUGUGGACCUUCUGGAGGAACUGCCCCUCCCAGACCAGCAGCCCUGCAUUGAGCCUCUGCCCUCCUCCCUCAUGUACCAGCCCAACUUCAACACCAACUUUGAGGACCGUAAUGCCUUUGUGACCGGAAUCGCCAGAUAUAUCGAACAGGCAACCAUCCACUCCAGCAUGAACGAGAUGUUGGAGGAGGGCCAGGAGUAUGCCGUGAUGCUGUACACUUGGAGGAGCUGCUCCCGGGCCAUCCCCCAGGUGAAGUGUAACGAGCAGCCUAACCGAGUGGAGAUCUAUGAGAAGACCGUGGAAGUGCUGGAACCAGAGGUCACCAAGCUGAUGAACUUCAUGUACUUUCAGCGGACAGCUAUUGACCGGUUCUGUGGGGAGGUCCGUCGUCUCUGCCAUGCGGAGCGGAGGAAGGACUUUGUCUCUGAGGCCUACCUUCUCACCUUGGGGAAGUUCAUAAACAUGUUCGCUGUGCUCGAUGAGCUCAAGAACAUGAAGUGCAGCGUGAAGAAUGACCACUCCGCUUACAAGAGGGCGGCCCAGUUCCUCAGGAAGAUGUCCGAGCCCUCGUCCAUCCAGGAGUCUCAGAACCUCUCCAUGUUCCUGGCCAACCACAACAAGAUCACACAGUCUCUGCAACAGCAGUUGGAGGUAAUUAACGGCCAUGAUGAGUUAUUGGCUGAUAUAGUGAACCUGUGUGUGGAUUACUACGAGAACAAAAUGUACCUGACUCCCCACGAGAAACACCUGCUGCUUAAGGUAAUGGGGUUCGGCCUGUACCUGAUGGACGGUAACCAGAGCAACAUCUACAAGAUGGAUGCCAAGAAGAGGAUCAAUCUGACGAAGAUUGACAAGUUUUUCAAGCAACUGCAGGUGGUUCCUCUCUUUGGGGACAUGCAGAUAGAGCUGGCCAGGUACAUCAAGACCAGCGCACACUUUGAGGAGAACAAAAGCAGGUGGUCUUGUACUUCUACAGGAAGCAGUCCUCAGUAUAAUAUCUGUGAGCAGAUGAUUCAGAUCAGAGAGGACCACAUGAGGUUCAUCUCUGAGCUGGCCCGCUACAGCAACAGUGAGGUGGUGACAGGGUCGGGACGUCAGGAGGCUCAGAAGACUGACCAGGAGUACAGGAAGCUGUUUGACCUGGCUCUGCAGGGCAUGCAGCUACUGUCCCAGUGGAGUGCACAUGUCAUGGAAGUGUACUCGUGGAAGCUGGUUCAUCCAACAGAUAAGUACUCUAACAAGGAGUGUCCAGACAACGCAGAGGAGUACGAGAGGGCCACCAGAUAUAACUACACCAGCGAGGAGAAGUUCGCCCUGGUCGAGGUAAUGGCCAUGAUAAAGGGCCUCCAGGUGUUGAUGGGUCGUAUGGAGAGUGUGUUCAACCACGCCAUCCGCCACACCAUCUACUCCGGCCUGCAGGACUUUGCCCAGCUCACCCUGAGAGACCCACUUCGCCAGGCCAUCAAGAGGAAGAAGAAUGUGGUGCAGAGUGUCCUGCAGGCCAUCCGGAAGACCAUCUGUGACUGGGAGACGGGCCGGGAGCCCCCCAACGACCCCGCCCUGCGGGGGGAGAAGGACCCCAAGGGGGGCUUUGACAUCAAGGUCCCCCGCCGUGCUGUUGGCCCCUCCAGCACCCAGCUGUACAUGGUUCGUACGAUGCUGGAGUCUCUGAUCGCUGAUAAGAGUGGCUCUAAGAAGACCCUACGCAGCAGUCUGGAGGGACCCACUAUCAUCGACAUGGAGAAGUUCCACAGAGAGUCCUUCUUCUACACACACCUUCUCAACUUCAGCGAGACUCUCCAGCAGUGCUGUGACCUGUCUCAGCUGUGGUUCCGGGAGUUCUUCCUGGAGCUGACUAUGGGUCGCAGGAUCCAGUUCCCCAUUGAGAUGUCCAUGCCCUGGAUCCUCACAGACCACAUCCUGGAGACCAAGGAGGCCUCAAUGAUGGAGUAUGUCCUGUAUCCUCUAGACCUGUACAAUGACAGUGCCCACUACGCCCUGACCAAGUUCAAGAAGCAGUUUCUCUACGAUGAGAUUGAAGCAGAGGUCAAUCUGUGCUUUGAUCAGUUUGUCUACAAGCUGGCUGAUCAGAUAUUUGCCUACUACAAGAUUCUAGCUGGAAGUCUGCUGUUGGACAAACGUCUGAGAGCUGACUGCAAGAACCAGGGAGCCAACAUCCCCUGGCCCUCCUCCAACCGCUACGAGACCCUGCUGAAACAACGCCACGUCCAGCUGCUGGGUCGGUCCAUAGACCUGAACCGACUGAUCACCCAGAGGGUGUCUGCUGCACUCUACAAGUCUCUGGAGCUGGCCAUCAACCGCUUCGAGAGCGAGGACCUCACAUCCAUCGUGGAGUUGGAGGGCCUGCUGGACAUCAACAGAAUGACUCACAAGCUGUUGUCCAAGUUCCUGACUCUGGACAGUAUGGACGCAAUGUUCCGAGAAGCCAACCACAACGUCUCCGCCCCCUACGGACGCAUCACGCUCCACGUCUUCUGGGAACUCAACUACGACUUCCUCCCCAACUACUGCUACAACGGAUCAACCAACCGGUUUGUUCGCACAGUCCUGCCCUUCUCUCAGGAGUUCCAGAGGGACAAGCCGCCCAAUGCCCAGCCCCAGUACCUCUAUGGGUCAAAGACCCUGAACUUGGCCUACAGCAGCAUCUAUGGCUUCUACAGGAACUUUGUCGGCCCGCCUCACAUCAAGGCCAUGUGUCGUCUCCUAGGAUACCAAGGCAUCGCUGUGGUCAUGGAGGAGCUACUGAAAGUGGUGAAGAGCCUGCUCCAGGGGACCAUCAUGCAGUACGUUAAGACCCUGAUGGAGGUGAUGCCCAAGAUCUGCCGUCUCCCCCGACACGAGUACGGCUCCCCGGGUAUCCUGGAGUUCUUCCACCAUCAGCUGAAGGACAUCGUGGAGUAUGCUGAGCUGAAGACCGUCUGCUUCCAGAACCUCCGGGAGGUGGGCAACGCUCUGCUCUUCUGUCUGCUGAGUGAACAGAGCCUGUCCCAGGAGGAGGUGUGUGACUUGCUCCAUGCCGCUCCAUUCCAGAAUAUUCUGCCCCGUGUCCACGUCAAAGAGGGUGAGCGUCUUGAUGCUAAGAUGAAACGGCUGGAGGCCAAGUACACAGCCCUGCACCUGGUACCGCUUAUAGAACGCCUUGGAACACCACAGCAAAUAGCCAUCGCUCGUGAAGGGGACCUGCUGACCAAAGAGCGUCUGUGUUGCGGCCUGUCCAUGUUUGAGGUCAUCCUCACACGUGUCCGCGGUUUCCUGGAUGACCCCAUCUGGCGCGGGCCGUUGCCCAGCAACGGUGUGAUGCACGUGGACGAGUGUGUGGAGUUCCACCGGUUGUGGAGCGCCAUGCAGUUUGUCUACUGCAUCCCCGUCGGAGCGCACGAGUUCACAGUGGAGCAGUGUUUCGGGGACGGCCUCCACUGGGCAGGGUGCAUGAUCAUCUCCCUACUGGGUCAGCAGAGGCGCUUCGAUAUCCUGGACUUCAGUUACCACCUGCUCAAGGUGCAGAAGCACGACGGGAAGGACGAGAUCAUCAAGAGUGUGCCUCUGAAAAAGAUGGUGGAUCGAAUCCGUAAGUUCCAGGUCCUCAACGACGAGAUCUUUGCCAUUCUGAACAAGUACCUGAAGUCUGGAGAUGGAGAGAACAUGCCCGUGGAGCACGUCCGGUGCUUCCAGCCUCCCAUCCACCAAUCCCUGGCCAGCAACUGAGCUUAACAGGUGUACCGUCCAAUAAGAUGGACCAGCAAUACGUUCCGAUUUGCUCCAAAUGGCACCUUAUUUCCAGUGUAGUGCGCAACCUAGGGGCCCUUUACCACCAUGUGGUGAAUAGGGUGUCAUUUUGGACUCCUCUAUAUGACCAGACACACACUUCAACAUGUUAAAGCACCAGCGGACCAUGAGGAUCCAAGUUCCCUUCCAUGUUUGUCAGGAUGAUGAUGGUAAUUUUUUGUACCCAAAUGUGCCUUAUAUCUUAUAAAUUUCCAUUGUUUUUGUGUGAUGAACUCGUUUUGGUAGUGAAGACUUACUGAAAACUAUAUAUAGAUCGGAGAGGAAGACUUAUCAAAGGAUUAUUUAAGGGGUUUGUGGUGGUGGGGUGUCUGUAGGGGGGGGGGACAGUAGCCUAUUUUCAGUGAAUGAGGAGGGUGGGGAUCAGAAAUGGUAGAGUAUAUUUUCUAUAUGGCGUUACACACUUGCAUGCUAAAGUAUAAUCUUAAAGGAAUUCUGGAACAUAACCAAGUUCUUACUGCUGAUAAGCAUUUAUUCACUGUGCCUUGUUUGAAUCAUUUUAAUUCAAUAAAUAUGUAACAAAUGUU